AAUAAAAUAUCAGUCAGUCUUUGAUAUAUUCAAUAAUCACUAUAACUGUUGAUAAAAAAUUAAAUCCUCUUCAGUGGUCAUCAACUAAUAUAUUGUCCAUCAAAAAGUUUUUUUUAAAACUCUGAUUUUGUUGUUAUUAUAAGUGAUGCCAAUCUUCAAGUUGUCGACCAAUUUGCCGGCCGCUAAACUGCCGGCCGGUUUUCUCGAACGAUCAGUCGAUUUGGUGGCCAAGACAUUGGGUAAACCCAAAUCCUAUGUCGUUGUCCAAGUGCUUACCGAUCAGCUGAUGAAUUGGGGCGGUAGCGAUGGCCUGUGCGCUGUGGCCUCUGUCGAGAGUAUCGGCGCUCUCGGCCGUGACGUCAAUAAGAAACACUCGAAAGCCAUUGCCGAUCAUUUGCAGAAAGAACUGGGAAUAGCUUCGGAUAAAUGCUAUAUUAAUUUUGUUGACCUAAACAAAGCCAACUGUGGCUACAGUGGUACCACAUUUGAUGAUCUACUAUGAAUCAGUGAUGGAUCAGCUGAAGAUUUUUUUUUGUGGACAUACAAAAUAAGUUAUGAUAGUUAUUGAACCAAAUAAUAAUAAAAAAAACCAAAUUAUAAUUUAAAUAC